ACAAAAUUAUGCAAGCCCUUCUGAAGAACCAAGUUAUUCCUCCAAAGUUGCCGUUGCCUCCGCCAGCGACGAUCUUGCCGCCGACGAGAAUCUCAUAUAGACGGUCGACGUGGAAGCCACCGCGAGCUGUUUCUAUAUCUAUUCCUACGACCCAAAUCCCGGUUUCCGAGUUUGACGAUGCGGUGGCAGCGUUUUGGGAUUACCAAUUCCUUUUUGUAUCGCAGCGGUCGGAGACAAUCGCGCCGGUAACGCUCUCUAUCCUGGAUGGGGCGAUCCCGGCUGAUUUUCCCACCGGAACCUACUAUCUUACCGGCCCCGGAAUCUUUACCGACGAUCAUGGAUCAUCGGUGAACCCUCUCGACGGUCAUGGAUACUUGAGAAGUUUCAGCAUUGAUGGGUCGAAAAGGGAGGUAAAGUUCAUGGCAAAAUACAUAAGAACCGAAGCAGUUGUAGAGGAAAAAGAUGAAAGCACAGGAAAAUGGAAGUUCACACAUAGAGGACCUUUUUCGGUCCUAAAAGGUGGGAAAAUAGUCGGAAACACAAAGGUAAUGAAAAAUGUGGCGAAUACAAGUGUUUUAAAUUGGGCAGGGAGAUUAUUCUGUUUGUGGGAAGGUGGAGACCCGUAUGAGAUACAACCAAAUACUUUGGACACUAUCGGAAAAUUUGGUGUAGCCCAAUCACAAUCGGAAUUGCAACCGGUGCUCAAAGAAGAUGGGCGAGAUAUUUUGGGCAUGGCAGCUUCGAUCUUGAAACCAAUCUUAUAUGGUAUUUUCAAGAUGCCACCAAAGAGACUAUUGUCUCAUUACAAAAUAGAUCCUAAGAGAGGAAGGCUUCUUAUAAUGUCUUGCAACGCUGAAGAUUUGUUAAUUCCUCGCAGUAACUUUACCAUUUGCGAAUAUGACUCAAAUUUGAAGAUGGUGGAAAGACGGGAAUUUGACAUACCCGAUCAUCUGAUGAUCCAUGAUUGGGCUUUUACAGACAACCAUUAUAUUCUUUUUGGCAAUCGCAUCAAACUCGAUAUCCCUGGAUCAAUGGCGGCUGUUUGUGGGUUGUCACCAAUGAUUUCGGCCUUAUCAUUGAAUCCAAGCAAACCCACGUCGCCGAUAUAUCUUCUUCCACGUUCGUCUUCGUCUUCGUCCUCGUCCUCGUCCUCGUCCUCGUCCUCGUCCUCGUCCUCGUCCUCGUCCUCGUCCUCGUCCUCGUCCUCGUCCUCGUCCUCGUCCUCGUGCGAAGAUAAAAGAGACUGGAGAGUGCCAAUUGAGGCCCCAACCCAGAUGUGGUUACUUCAUGUGGGCAAUGCCUUUGAAGAAAAAGAUGAGAAUGGCAAUUCUCACAUCCAAAUACAAGCCAGUGGCUGUUCCUACAAAUGGUUCAAUUUCUCUAAAAUGUUUGGAUAUGAUUGGCGAAGCGGUAAACUGGAUCCUUCAAUGAUGAACAUCAAAGAUGACAAUACUAUGUUAUUGCCUCACCUUGUUCAGGUAAGUAUGAGCUUGGAUUCAAAUGGGAACUGUGAAAAGUGCUCAGUGGAACCCACAAAACAAUGGUCAAAAGCAUCGGAUUUUCCCAUCAUAAAUCAAGAAUUUUCCGGACGCAGAAAUAGAUUCGUUUAUGCCGCAACUUCCACUGGUUCCCGUCGAACGCUGCCGCAUUUCCCUUUUGAUACAGUGGUGAAAUUGGAUAGCCAAGAUCAGACUGUCCUCAAGUGGUCGGCCGGCAACCGGAAGUUCAUCGGUGAGCCUAUUUUUGUGCCUAAAGGAGCCGGAGGAGAAGACGAUGGUUACAUUCUGGUUGUCGAGUAUGCUGUUGCAAAACAGAGGUGCUAUUUGGUAAUUUUGGAAGCAAAAAGGAUUGGACAAAGCAAUGCCCUUGUAGCAAGACUUGAAGUCCCAAAAUACUUGAAUUUUCCUCUAGGUUUCCAUGGAGUUUGGGCUAUGUCUUGACAUCCCUCUUUCAAUU